AUGAAUAGAACACAUAUGCCAAAUAAUCACAAAAUCCACGAAGGAAUUAAUAUGAAGUCCUCAAUAAAUGAAGUAAAAAAAAGUAAAAGAAUAGAGAAAGAAUUAAGUUAUGUAACAAAUUCCACCAAAAAAAAAUCAAAAAAAAAACAAACAAAUAUAAAAAAAAUAGGGGAUGUCUCUGUAAAUAUAGAAAACAUAAACAUUCCGAAUAAUCUCAAUUUGUACACUGAUAACGAAUCAGUGGUUUCUUCAAAAUAUAAGAAAAAAAAAAAAAAAAAAAAAAAAUUAAAUAUUUAUAAUAACAAUGAUAAUAGUAAAUAUUUAAAACCCCAAGUUGUAAAAAAAAAAAAUUCAAAAAUUAUAUUUCUUCACCACAAUGAGAAUAACACAAGCACACACUCAGGAGAAUCUUCAAAAUUUCAAAAGUUAAAGAAAAAAAAAAAAAUUAAGAAGGGAACUAAAAAAAAAUCAAUAAACAAAAUUAGCAUUUUAAAGCAUAAAAGUCACGAAUCUUUCCCUUCCACACAAAAUGAAAACACACCUGAACUUGAGCCAAAGCAAGUUAAUCUAUCACCCUUGGAAAUAGAAAUAAAUAAAACCAAUGAUAUAGAUAAACAUGGUUUAGAAAUAAACAAAACUCCUUCCACACAAAAUUUCAAUGACCCUAUUAAUAAUUUGGACAAUAAUGAAAAAAUAAAAGACCGCGGUCUAUUUCACGGAAUUGACAACAUUUAUGAAAAUUAUAUAACUAAUGAUAAAGAAAAUAUGCAAAGUGUGAUAAAAAACCGCCAUUAUAUCAUUGAUAAGAAUGAACAAAAUGAGCAAGCUUAUAACAACGAUAUGAAUAUAACAAAUUUUAUCAAAAACGGUAACACUAAUAAGAACAGUAAUAAUGAUAAGAGCGCCAAUAGUAACGAUUACAAUAAGAAUUUAUUUUGUGAGCUUACAGAAGCUAUAGAAAAUGAUGGAAUCGAACAAACCUGCAAUAGGAAUAUAAAUAUUCGGCUUAAAGAAGAGAAAGAAGCCGAAGAAGAAGAAAGAAAAAAAAAUGAAGAUGAACAUAUUCUUGAAAACGGCAAAUCGAAUAAUGAAGAUAAUAGCUUCGAUAAGAAAGAUGAUUUAACUAAUUUAGGAAAAAGUUUUAAAAAUAAUGAAAGUUUUGAAUUGAAUAGUCCCCAAAAAAAUAUACGAAAGGGUUCAUUAGAUGGUAUGAGAAAAAAGAAAAUAUCUGAAAAAAAAAUGAAAACAAAAAUUAAACAGAAAAAGAAAAGACAAAAUAAUAUUAAUGAUACCACAAUUGGUAAAAAAAAAAUAUACAUAAAAGAAAAUAACAACGAAAGGAAAUCUUCAGGUUUAAUUUUGGGAUUCAAGAAGAUGAAGAAGAAGUUAAGUGGAAAAAGGAUAGACCAAAAAAAGGAGUAUAAAGAAAAAGAAAUAUACAGUGAUAAACUAAAAGAUGUAAUAAAAGACAAAAAAAAGUAUAAGAAAAAGGAUAUAGAUGAUAUAAGUUUCACUAAAGAUAUUGUGAAAGAAAAUGUGAAAGGGGUUGACAGAGAUGAUGAUGAGAAAAAAAGAAAAACAAUAGGCCAAGAUGAAGAGAAAGAAAAAAUAGAAAUUAUCAUUGUGAAAAAAAAUGAAACGGGAACAGAAGAAGAGAUAAAAGUGGAAACUGACGAAAACCCCAAAGUAAAAACUAAAGAAAAAUGCAAAAUAGAAAAUGGAGAAGGAUGCAAAAUCGCGAUUGAUGAAGAAAAUUCAGUUUUUGUAGAGGCCGAAAAUAUGAAAAAUGAAGCAAAACUUGAAGCAGAUGUUAUAAUAAUUGAAGAUGCUGAAUUAAGAAAGGAUGAAGAAGAAGAUAAAUCUAAAAACAAUGAAAAAGACUCGAAAUCAGAGGAAAGGGAUAUAUUAGAAACACAAAUGGCAGGAAAAGAGGAAAAGCCUGUUUUAAAAAAAAAAAAAAAAAAUAAAGGAAAGCAAAGAAACAGGGAAGGAAAAGGGGUUGUAGAAAAGGGUUAUGAUGCAAAAAGGGAAAAGAAAGAGAAUGAAGAAAAAAAUAAAGCAAACACCAAAAUGGAACCCAAUGAUUCAAUUGAGCAAAAGGACAAAUUAUCGAAUGUUCAGAAUAUGAGUAAUAUUGUUAAAAAUAAUAAAGUGAACAAAAUAUUGGAAAAAUAUAUAAUUUCAAAAAAGGAAGAAAAUUUAAAAAGAAAAUAUAUGAAUACAAAAAAAUUUAUGGAUAUUUUAGAUAUUAGUGAAAAAAAAUUUAAAAUAGAUACUAUAAAUUUUUUCCCACACACUAUAGGACAAGUAUGUUAUAGUGAUAUAUAUUUUUUUUUUGAUACAUAUGAAAAAGAAUUAAAAAAAAGCAAUACUGGUAAAAAUACAAUAAAGUUAAUGAAAAAGCUAUUCAAAUGUGAAUACAUCGAAAUGAAUAAUAUGGAACUAAUACUUCAAAUUUUUGAUAAAAUUAUAGACAAGUUAAAAAAGGAAUUAAAAACAGAAUCUAUAGUAAAAAUAUAUGAUGAAGAAGAGCAUGUAAUUGCAUCUAAAAUAAUGAAAUACAAAAAUGGCAAUUAUGAUAAAUAUAUGUACAACAAAAAAAAAUAUGAUUCUAAUAAUGAGUAUAGCAUAUCCGAGAAUAAUUUAUUUAAUCAAAACCCUUUGCAUCAUCAAAAUAAUUUAUUUGGUUGUAAUAGAAAUAAAUUGUAUAAUAUAAUUUUUAAUUCAUCCCAGGGUGAAUAUAUAAUGGGAUCUCAUUCUUUUUUAAUAUUACAACAGUGGAAUGAUGAAUAUAAAUUAGCUAUGUUAAGAGAUAAAUUAGAACAAAUUAAAAAAAGAAAACAAAACAUGAAUGAUCCUAUAGCAAAAUAUAUUAAAUCAUUAAAAUAUGGUUUUAUUGACAGUUUGUUUAGUAUAUGUUGUUUAUAUGAUUGUAAAAAGAAUGAUAAUGAUGCGAGCUAUUGUGAUUUCCCGCUUCCUUCACAAAACACGUUUUAUACAAAUACACAAAUACAUUUAGAUAAUAUGAAUUUAAAUUCUGAGCGUAUUCUACCAAUGAAAAUAACAAAAGCGGUUCAAAUUUUAGCAUCCAGUUAA